GCGAAAAAAAAGAGAACGAUGGCUACAGAGGGUUUCCAAACCUGUCGUCUUUGAAUAAUUAUUGUCAUUCUGGAUGAAAAAUAGCGAUAGUAUCACCCCCUCCCCCAACAUACAUCGUGAUGGAAAAGAAUCCCGUCACACGGUGGUCAUAGUGGCACGAGCUUGAAACUGUUUCGUUACAAUCUGGUGUUCGUAGCAAGCUAGCUAGUUGUGCUGCGUGGGCUUGCGUCACCGGGCAGCUGUCCGUCAAAUUCCUUUUGGGAGGGGUCUAUAAAACACAAAAUGGCGACUCCAGUCAACAUCCAAAACCCCAGUAAGACGUGGGAGCUGAGCUUGUAUGAACUGCACAGGAGCCCACAGGAGGCGAUCAUGGACGGCACAGAGAUAGCGGUGUCCCCCCGGAGCCUCCACAGUGAGCUGAUGUGCCCCAUCUGUCUGGACAUGUUGAAGAACACAAUGACCACCAAGGAGUGCCUGCACCGCUUCUGCUCCGACUGCAUCGUCACUGCACUCCGAUCAGGGAACAAGGAAUGCCCCACGUGCCGAAAGAAGCUUGUGUCGAGACGCUCGCUCCGCCGCGACUCCAACUUUGACGCCCUCAUCUCCAAGAUCUACCCCAGCCGCGACGAGUACGAGGCCCACCAGGACCGGGUGCUGGAGAGACUCAACCGGCUGCACAACAAGCAGGCCCUCAGCUCCAGCAUUGAGGAGGGGCUGCGCAUGCAGGCUCUGCACAGAGCCCAGCGAGUGCGCAAACCGGCGCAGGAGAGCGACAACACCACCUUCAGCGGCGGCGAGGACAACGGGGAUGCACGGUCACACCUCUCCCACGACUCUGCGCCUUCCCACGCGCCCCUCCCCCCGAGCCACACACCCUCUGAGGCCGGGCCCAGCCGGAACCCUAAGCGGCCCAGGGUGUCAGAUGAGUCAGGCCCGGAGGUGGAUGGGGGCAGCCCCACGGCCCCGCUCCGGCACCACAAAGAGGGCCCUGGCUCAGAGAUAGAGCUGGUUUUCCGUCCGCACCCCCUGCUGGUCAACACACAGGACUACAGCCAGACCAGAUAUGUGAAGACCACAGCCAACGCCACAGUGGACCACCUGUCUAAGUACCUGGCUCUGCGUAUCGCUCUGGAGGAGAGGCAAAGAGACAGCCAAUCCGAUGCAGCGAUGGAGAAGGGGAAAGAGGGAGUGGAGGCGGGGGCUAAAGGAGAGAAAUCAGCAGGAGGAGGGGCCAGCCUGAAGAACGUCAGUGAGAAGCAAUAUACCAUCUACAUCACCACAUCAGGGGGCCAGUUCUCUACUCUGAACGGCUCCCUGACUUUAGAGCUGGUGAAUGAGAAGUACUGGAAGGUCAGAAAGCCUCUGGAGCUUUACUAUGCCCCCACCAAGGACCAACCUCUUCAACCAUCACAGCCACCGCAGCAGAAGUCCCCACAGCCCAAAGAGGGGUGAGGAGGACAGGAGUCCUCCCUCUUCAGCCGUUAUCACUCGCUGUCUCUGACAGAUUUCUGUGUGUGGCGUGUAGCUGCUUCUAAGGUAGUCAUUUGGAACAUUCCAUAGAUUGAAGGUCUUCAACUUUGACCUCAGAAUCUGAAGUUAUUCUGUUUUUAUCCUCCGUAGCUUCUAAUCAAACCUGAGUAUGAAGUUGUUUUUGCAAUUCCUACAAAUUUUUUCCUUAAUCGAAUGGUUGACUUAAAAUGCUGUCUGGACCGGUGUGCACACCGACAGGCAACACCUACGUAGUCCAGCCUUCCUUCAGACCACCAAGUGUUGCUUGACCUUGCAUCAGGACUGCCAGAUUUUGUUGAUACAUCAUUUCAGAUCAGUGUGAGGAUUUUACACUACCGGCCAAAAGUUUUAGAAUACCUACUCAUUCAAGGGUUUUUAUUUAUUUUGACUCUUUUCUACAUUGUAGAAUAAUAGUGAAGAGAUCAAAACUAUGAAAUGACAUGUGGAAUCAUGUAGUAACCACAAAAGUGAUAAACAAAUCAAAAUACAGUAUAUUUUAUAGUUGAGAUUCUUCAAAUAGCCACCCUUUGCCUUGACAGCUUUGCACUCGUGGCAUUCUCUCAACCAGCUUCAUCUGGAAUGUUUUUCAAACAGUCUUGAAGGAGUUCCUACAUAUGCUGAGCACUUGUUGACUGCUUUUCCUUCACUCUGCGGUCCGACUCAUCCCAAACCAUCUCAAUUUGGUUGAGGUCAGAAGAUUGUGGAGGCCAGGUCAUCUGAUGCAGCACUCCAUGACUCUCCUCUAAAAUAGCCCUUACAUAGCCUGGAGGUGUGUUGGGUCAUUGUACUGUUGAAAAGAAAAUUAUAGUCCCACUAAGUGCAAACCAGAUGGGAUGGCGUAUCACUGCAGAAUGCUGUGGUAGCCAUGCUGGUUAAGUGUGACUUGAAUUCUAAAUAAAUCACUGACAGUGUCACCAGCAAAGCACCCCCACAACAUCACACCUCCUCCAUGCUUCACGGUGGGAACCACAAAUGUGGAGAUCAUAUGUUCACCCACUGCAUCUUACAAAGACACGGCGGUUGGAAACAAAAAUCUCCAAUUUGGACUCCAGACCAAAGGACAAAAUUCCACCGGUCUAAUGUCCAUUGCUCGUGUUUCUUGGCCCAAGCAAGUCUCUUAAUAUUGGUAUCCUUUAAUAGUGGUUUAUUUCAGCAAAUCGACCAUGAAGGCCUGAUUCACACAGUCUUCUCUGAACAGUUUAUGUUGAGAUCGGUCUGUUACUUGAACUCUGUGAAGCAUUUAUUUUCUGAGGCUGGUAACUAAUGAACGUAUCCUCUGCAGCAAAGGUAACUCUUGGUCAUCCAUUCCUGUGGCGGUCCUCAUGAGAGCCAGAUUCAUCAUAGCGUUUGGUUGUUGUGACUGCAUUUGAAGAAACAAAGUUCUUGAAAUUUCCCGUAUUGACAAACCUUUGUCUUAAAGUAAUAAUGGACUGUCGCUUUGCUGAUUUUGAGUUGUUCUUGCCAUAAUAUGGACUUAGGGCUAUUUUUUUUAUUUAUUUCACCUUUAUUUAACCAGGUAGGCUAGUUGAGAACAAGUUCUCAUUUGCAACUGCGACCUGGCCAAGAUAAAGCAUAGCAGUGUGAACAGACAACACAGUUACACAUGGAGUAAACAAUUAACAAGUCAAUAACACAGUAGAAAAAGAGUCUAUAUACAUUGUGUGUAAAAGGCAUGAGGAGGUAGGCGAAUAAUUACAAUUUUGCAGAUUAACACUGGAGUGAAAAAUGACCAGAUGGUCAUGUAGAGAUAUUGGUGUGCAAAAGAGCAGAAAAGUAAAUAAAUAAAAACAGUAUGGGGAUGAGGGAGGUAAAAAUGGGUGGGCUAUUUACCGUUAGACUAUGUACAGCUGCAGCGAUCGGUUAGCUGCUCAGAUAGCAGAUGUUUGAAGUAGGUGAGGGGGAUAAGUCUCCAACUUCGUUCCAGUCACAGGCAGCAGAGAACUGGAACGAAAGGCGGCCAAAGUACCAUCUUCUGUAUACCACCCCUACCUUGACACAACACAACUAAUUGGGUCAAACACAUUAAGAAGGAAAAUGUACUUUUAAGAAGGUACACCUGUUAAUUGAAAUGCAUUCCAGGUGACUACCUCAUGAAGCUGGUUGAGAGAAUGCCAAGAGUGUGCAAAGCUGUCAAAGCAAAUGGUGGCUAUUUGAAGAAUCUCAAAUACAAAUUAUAUUUUGAUUUGUUUAACACUUUUUUGUUUCCUACAUGAUCCAUGUGUGUUUUGAUGUCUUCACUAUUAUUCUACAAAGUAGAAAAUAAAGAAAAACCCUUGAAUGAGUAAGUGUUAUAAAACUUUUGACCGGUAGUGUACAUUGGAAAAUGUUGUAGAGAUUAACCCCCUUUUCCCUUUGAGACAGACUUGGGAUGACCAGAGGUCAUAGAGGAUGGUUGAAUUGAAUAUUAUGCAAGAAUAUACUGCUAUAUAGCAGUAGAUUGGGACUUUUCUAUACUGAAUUCAGCUUGCUUUGAAAUUAGUUAAUGAUUGUAACUAUUUAUGUCAUAUUUAAUUUCUUUAAGACAUCACUGAUGCACUAUGCCGCUUAUUGAGGAUAUCAAGUAGCAACGGUUGGUGGAAUUGAGCUAGUUAAUGUGAUUUAUCCUAAGCUUGGACCCAUAGGGUCCACAGGGCUUUUUCCUAAUGCUAGCUUUCACUUCCUUUAUUAAGUCUUACCUGAUGCACUUUAUACACCGAGUAUACUAAACAUUAGGAACACCCCCCAAAGGGAUGCUGGCCCAUGUUGACUCCCAAUGUUUCCAUUCUUGAGACACACAGGAAACUGUUGAGCGUUCUUGACCCAAACCGGUGCACCUGGCACCUACUACCAUACCCCGUUCAAAGGUACUUAAAUCUUGUCUUACCCAUACAAUCCAUGUUUCAAGGCUUAAAAAUCCUUCUUUAACCUCCUCCCUGUCAUCUACACUGAAGUGGAUUUAACAAGUAACAUCAAUAAGGGAUAAUAACUUUCACCUGGAUAGUCUCAUGGAAAGAGGUGUUAUUGUUUUGUAUACUCAGUGUAUGUUCUGCUGGCAUAUAAUGGGUUUUCUUACCUCAGUUUUUCUAUGAUCUUUGUACAAUUAAGGCAAUAUAUCCCACUUUGAACUGUUACUCAGCUUGUUUGUAUUGCAAUUCCUCUUGAUCCAUUCAGCACAAUAAAAAAAGGCCAGGAUUGCGUUGGUAAGAAACUGGUGCUGUGGUGUUAUGACAUUUUACAUACAGCGCAUUUUGAAAGUAUUCAGACCACUUGACUUUCCCCACAUUUUUGUUGUUACAGCCUUAUUCAAAAAUGGAUAGAGAGAAACUUAUACUCAUCAAUUUACACAAAAUACCCUAUAAUGACAAAGUGAAGUUUUUUUUGCUCGUUUAUACAAAAUAAAAAUAAACCUUAUUUACAAAAGUA